AUGGAGACACAAACUGAUCCUCCAGCAAAAGAUGAAAGCAAUACCCUCACCGACGGACUACAAAUUGUGAAGUCAGUUGGUCAGACAUUUGGAACCUCCAUGUCUGAAUUUAGACCAACAAAUCCAGGGAGCGGUGCUCCAGUGGUGGCCGGGCAGAGUUGCAGUGGUGGUAGUAGAGCUGCAUCAGUCGGGUGGAGAUUUCCCAAUAGCUGGGUGUGGGCGGCGGAGGAGGAGUUCGGGCCAGGCGGAGCCAAGGUGGCCAGCGACAAAGGAGGCCAAGCCGGGCGGAGUUGGGCUGGCGGUGGGCCACAAGCGGCGAGGGCCAUAGGGAGCGGAGGUCAGGGGCCAUUGGGGCAAUGGGCGGGAGUGGAGUGGGGGCUGCUAAAGCAACCGGCGACGGUGGCGACGCGUUGCGACGAGCGGCAGGGGAAGCGCUGCGGGGGCCGAGGCCGGCAGGAGGCCGGGGGCCAGAGACCGGGCCGCUGGGGGUCGGAGGAAGCCGAAGGUCGAGGAGCCGGGGGUCGCCAGGGGCUAGUAGGGAGCCAUGGGGGCUGGAAAAGAUAG